AUUCCGAAAAAACCAUCAGCCAUAUUGGUGUGUUGUAUCGCUGUCCUCAGUAAUUUCGAAGAUCAGUGAGCAAAUAGAUCAUCAUGACUGAUUCCAUGAAAUUUGGUCCAGAAUGGUUGCGCAAUCUGUCUGGAGACUCUUGCAAUAGUAGCGGCGGUGGUGGAGGCACUACAAGUUUAACUACACCACGUUAUCAAUUAGCUGAACAUAGAUAUGGGCGAGAAGAAAUGUUGAUCUUGUUUGAUCGCAAUUGUAAACCUCCCGAGCCAUUGACAAAUUUCUCAUCUUUGUACGUUGAGAAAACUCAAUUUCCUUUGGCACUUAUACAAAUGACAGAAGAUGAAACGCGAAUGUGGAAUGGAGGAAUAACCAACGCCGGUAGAGGAAGAGGUGGAAGUGUAGAUCGUGGGGGGCGUGGAAGAAAUGCAAGAGGUAGCUUAUACUCCUCUCAUUAUUCCCGUGGUGUUAGUUUCGAUGAUUCAGGAGAUGGCCCACGAAUUGACAGUCAAUCAUUUCAAGGAAGAAAUCGCCCGUUUGAUAGAUCUCAAAGUGAACGUGGUUGGUCAGAAAGAAAUGGGGUCUCAGAUCCAGGAGAAUGGAAUGGUUCUACUAGUCCUAGAAAAGAAUUAAGUCGUGGGGCUAGUGGUAGUUCUCUUAUGGAAAGCAAUUGGCGGCGUCAUCGUGGUGGUACAGAGGAUGAUGACGGUUGGCGAAAAUGGGGUAGGAGUAGUUGGCGCGAAAGUGGUAGUAUGGAUAGAGAUAGAUUAGAAAGGAAUGAAGGAGAUGGAGAAGAAGUACGAAACACUGGGGGUAGAUGGGAACAUCGUGGAAAUCAUAGGGUUACACACGAUUCGAGUCAUCAUCCGCCCCCUCGUACAACACGCAUUUGGGAAUCAAAUCAUCAUGAUAAUCAUGACAAUCUUCCCGAAUGGGCUACUGAAAAUCCUAGUGAAAGUGGAGGAAGUUUCGAUGCUUCAGGUGCAUUUCACGGUGGGAUGUAUUCAGAUGAUGAUGAAGAUGGGGUGAUUAGUGCAGGUGGUACUCAAGAAUCAAGGACUCGGCGUGUUUCCGAAGGAAGUGCUGCUAAUAUAAAAAAACCUAGUAGCAAACCUUUGUCUUACAGCUCGACUCAAGGACAAAUACCAAGUCGUAAUACCAAUAGUGGGAUUAAUUCAGUUAGUAAAGAACGACCAAAGUCCUUACAUCCGCUUGAUGAUAAAAACGAACCCAUUGAGAAGGAAAAGAGGAGCAGUUCUCCAACGAAACUACCUAUUACAGUAACGGAUAAUACUCCUACUAAAAAUUUGACACCAACAUCAUCUGAAAUUUCACAAAAGAGAAAUACAGUAGCAACAAGUACAGAGCAUACGGAAACUGAAAAAAUACCAUCAACCGAUUCAGAAACUGAUAAGUCUCCUGCUAAAGAAAAAAAGAAAGAAGAUGUUGAAACGGAAACAAAAGUGGAUCCAAUUCCUACUAUAAAAAGACAAGCUCCAGUGCAAGUAGAUUCUCAGAAGCUUGCACAUAAUGCGGAAACAGAUAACGUGAGACAAAAGUCGGAAGAUGAUUUGGAUAGAAUGAAAGAAGAAGCGGACGCACUAGUUGCAAAAUUGAUGGCAGAUGAAGAAAACCAUAAGGAGAAGACUGCCAGUAUACCACCUUCUAUUGGUAACCAACCUUCUACAGUUCCACCUACUAAUGGACAGGAGAAAUGGUUUUACCGUGAUCCACAGGGCGAAGUUCAGGGUCCGUUCUUAGCAAAUGAAAUGGCAGAAUGGUGUAAAGCUGGUUACUUCACUGCAGGAUUAAUGUUAAGAAGAACUUGUGACGAACGAUAUACCACUUUAGGAGACUUGGUGAAGAUAUGUGGCAGAAUACCAUUUACACCUGGACCUCCCAUUCCUCCCUUAAAGUUAACAGAUCAAGUAAUACCACCUGUUCCUAAUACAGUACCGGCUGGUAUGUCUGCAUUGUCGAAAAGUAUAGAAGAUCCACUUCUUUUACUUCAGUAUCAACACAUGCGAUUGAUACAGAAUCAGCAAUUACUUUUAAGACAAGUACGAACAUCGGCUAUAGCGAAGCUUUCUCAAUCCGAGCAUUGGGCAACAUUAAGUCCUUUGGAACAAAAUCAGUUGAUUUAUCAAUAUCUUAUUCAGGAUUCAGAGAUUCCGGAAGUACCAAUCUCUACAAAUCCAUUCGUACCUCAUCUUCCGUCUCAGGCUUCAAAUCCGGUUAUGCAGCUUUUCACCCAAAUGCAACAGGCUAAGACACAACCAGAAACUCAUCUAACGCCAAAUCCACAUUCAACUACAACAGCACAUCCACCUACGGUUGAUCCUAUACAACAUCUUAUACAACAAAUGGGUGGUAUGCAAAAUGUACCGGGAAUUCAACAACCAAGCAUAAAUACAACGUCAACUGCAACGCAAGAAGACAAUCCUAUAAAAUCUUUGUUACGUCAACUCAAUGUUAAUGCAAACGGCCAUCCACAGACAUCUCAUAUCGAUACUGUUUGGCCACAACCUCCACCGCAAAUAAAUCCACAAUUUAAUGCACAGAAUUGGUUAGCGCAAGUUGGACCGAUACCAGCUGUACCUCCUGGCCAAUUACCUACAUCAUUAUGGGAUCUGCACACUAAAGAAAUAAAGACUGAACAACAGAUAUUGGAAGAACAAAAUCUUCGACUACAAGAAGACAGAAAGAAAGAAGAACUUCGAAAACAAGAAGAAUUACAAAGACAAGCUGAAGAAGAGAAUGCGAAAAGAAAAAAGGAAGAGCAGGCUAAACAAGCAGAAGAAGCAAAGCGCAAAGACGAAGAGAGAAAGAAAAAGGAAGAAGAAAAGAAACGGAAAGAAGAAGAGAAGCGUAAACAAGAAGAAGAAAGGAAGAAGAAAGAGGAGAAGAAACGUAAAGAAGAGGAGAAAAGACGAGAAGAGAAGCGAAAGCAGGAGGAAGAAAAUUUAAGGAAAAAGCAAGAGGAAGAAAAGAGGAAAAAGGAGGAACUUAAAAAGCAGGAAGAAAAGCAAAAGAAGGAAGAGGAACAGAGAAAACAAGAAGAAGAGAGAAUGCGGAAAGAGACAGAGGCACGUAAGCAGGCUGAAGCUGAAGAAGCUCGGCGAGCAGAACAAAGACGGCGAGAAGCAGAUGCACUCCGUCGAUUACAAGAACGAAGUAAAGCACCAUGGGCGCAAGCACCUCGUACACCAGCUCCGGCUAUCCCUGCUGCUUCAUUAGCCGAAAUUCAGAGACUCGAACGUGAAAAGAAAGCGGAAGAGCAGCGUUUUCAACAAAUGAUGCAGCAACAAUUAGCGCAACAGAAAGCCAUAGAAGCAGCUCAGGAAGCAUCAAUAACAGAUUCUUCUAAAAGAUUGCAAUUUAAGUGGGCAGAAAAGGCUACAGCUUCUUCUAAAACCGUACCAGUGAAGAGCCUUGCACAGAUUCAGCAAGAAGAGCAAGAACGAAUCGCCAAGGUAAAGCAGCAAGAAAGGGAACGCCAAGAAAAGGCAGGACAAAAAGAAUCGACGAAUGUACUGCAAAACGCUGGAAUAUGGGGUACUGCUUCUCAAUGUUUGAAUUGGGCCAAUUCAAGUAGUUCUAAUAAUAGUCAAGCUUGGUCAAAUAGUAGUGGUACAACUGGUUUUUGGGACGAUCCUACACCAAUCAAACCUUCUACAACCGCGAAACAAUCCGUUAAACAGACUGCUGUAGCAAAGGCUCUUACUGCCAAUCAACAGCAGCAGCAAAGUAAUAAAACAAACAAGAGUAAGAAUAAACGAGAAGAGGAACUGGUGAAGAAAUUAUUUGAACAAAACACUGCCAAGACCGAUGAUUUUACACAAUGGUGCAACAAAGCCCUGAGUGGGUUACAAGUGUCUGUAGACAUCCCUACGUUUGUUGGAUUUUUGCGAGACAUUGAGUCUGCGUAUGAAGUAAAAGAAUAUGUUCGAGAUUAUCUGGGUGAUAAUAAACAGAGUUCUGAAUUCGCAAAGCAAUUUUUAGAGAAACGUAGUAAGUGGCGAUCAGCCCAACGACCUCAAGCACAAGCGGACGACUUGUGUAAACCAGCACCUGCUGUUAAUCCUAAUGCACCUACGGAAUUUCAGGAAGUAAAGGGAAAGUCAAAGAAGCCAAAGAAGGGAAAAAUGUACAAAGUUGAUAAUAGAAUUCUUGGCUUUAGCGUAACCGCAGCCCCUGAUCGUAUUAACGUGGGUGAUCGCGAUUAUGGGGAAGGUGUUUGAAUUAAUUCUGACAACAUUAACUGUAUUAUGGAAAUUGUGCAACGCUUGGCCCAACAGAUGGUUUGUUAUUUAUUUAUUGUAGAUGCCAAAUAAGUUCUAAGGAACCCGUUGCGAGUACUUCGUUAAAAGUAUAUAAGAUUUUUCUAUGAUUAUGUGUACAAGGAUUUUAUCUCUCGUAUCCUUUACUCGAGCAUUAAUGGGAGCCUUAGAUACCAUUUAGCGUGGCAUUAUUUCCUUUUCAAACGGAACUGAAAGACACUCCGAAAGAAAACCCAAUUGUAUAUACUACUCAAAGAAAAGAUACUUCAUAAAACAAGGCGAAAUCAUCUCCUAUUUACGCGGUAUACAUAUAAAUAUAAAUAAAUAUAUAUAUUAUAUAUAUAUGUAUACAUACUAUAUACAUAUAUAGUAUUAACACAUUUUGUAAUAUUUCAUUUUCAUUAUUGUAAGUAAAGAAAUUAUGCCGAUCGAUAACUUGUACACGCGGAAACAUCGCAGUCGAAAGCAAUAUGUGCUCAUGAAGGUGUUCGCAAGCAAAAAUAAAUUGUUAAUACGUAGUCGUGAUUAAAAGAACAUCGAUAAAGCACGAUGUUGACGAAGUACAUUGAUAUUUGCUUGUAUCGAGUGCACCAAGUAUGAUAAUAUAUAAAUCCUAUGGAUUUCUUGCUUUAUCGCAACAUCACGAUAAAGAUGCAACUUUGCCUUGGAUUAUAUUUCGCUACUACGUUUUAAGAAAAUUAUUAUCUUAUGUUUGAUAUAUUGAAUAACUUUUUUUUUUUAACCAAUUUGCGACUGUUUUUAAGAGUAAACUAAUAAUAUUUUGACUGAACGAUUGAAUGCUAGCAACAAUUCGAACAAUGAAUUAUAUAUUAUAGAACCAAUUGCUCCUUACUCCGAAGUCUUGUUUACAACCGUAAAUAAAGUAUCUUAUUAAAAAAAAAAAAAGAAAACUGUAUGUUUCAAGGCAGUGACAUUGCGAAGAAAAAGAAGCUCUUGUACUUUCUUAACACUUUGAAUACAAUGGUAUAUUUAAAAGAAAAAAAAUAGUACUUGCAUGUUGUACGAUUUAUAAACAAAAUAAACUAUCUUCCAUUCUCCUGUUUUGCACCAGAAAAAAAAAAUAUGAAAGUAAGCUCAUGUAAUGUUAGGGACGUGUCGAUUUUGAAAAAUUUACAUAGCACAUAAGGAAAUUUCAGAUUGAUUACUGCGUGUGCCUACGUGUGGAUCUCACUCUCGUCGGCAUAGCCUUCUUAUAUGUUGAGGUCAAUCUAACGAUAAAUAUUUAACAAAGAGUUUUAUGUAAGAUUUUAAUUAAUGCAAUAUUUAAAACCAGUAUCUUUUGUAAAGUUUUAAUUAUAAUUAUAAGUGUAAAUGAAGUGUCCCACCUCUAACAAGGAGUUCAAGGAGAAAACUUUUAGCACCUGUUUGAAAAAUAUUGAUUUUUUUCUUUUUUUAUUCUUAAUUGAACUAAUUUUCGGACAAAGUGACACGUGAAUACUCUGUUUAUAAGUGCGGAAAAUGUUGCGACAGAUCUGCCCACUCUUAAUAUUAUAAUGGUUGUUAAUUAGGAUCAUUGACCUUCUC